AUGUCACUCUUCCGACGAGCGACUGCUCUAGCCCCCCAAUGUGGUACAUGCACCCCGACAUGGAGUCGUAGUGUCGUCACCAGCGGGGUGCUCAUCGCAGCUCGGCGUAGCUUCUCUUGCUCACCCAUCUCAUUCAAACCCAUCGACCUCGCAUCGGACGUCUACUCACCCAAAACAAAACCUGAUCAGGCCAAAGGACCUCUUGUGGUGUUGCAUGGCCUGUACGGGUCCAAACAAAACUGGCGGUCGCAGGCCAAAGGGAUAGCUCAGCAUUUGGGAAGAGACGUUAUCACAUUGGUCAGUUUGGGAUAAGCUUGGCUACGUGGAGAAGGAUAAGCGGAGUAACUGACGAAGUCCCUGAGCUGUAUUGCCAGGAUUUGCGUAACCAUGGGCUCUCACCGCAUGCUCCCGAGGCAGCCUAUUCAGAUUUGGCCGGUGACGUUCGCAAAUUCAUCGAUGAUCAGAAGCUACAAAACAUCUGUCUCGUCGGCCAUUCAAUGUACGUCAUGAAUGUAGAUCCCGCACUGUCUUAUAAUGCGCGCUGAACUGAUUCUUCGUCCCCAUGUACCUCGGAUAUCUGCGUCGGCCCGAUUUUCGCGAAUGGUUGGAAAAGGGGAGGCAAGGUCGCCAUGGCUCUGACACUGGAACCGCACGAGCAGAUCAAACAACUCGUCGGUGAGUUGAAUUCACACUGCCCCUUGUUUUUCCGACUUGACUAAAUCGCCGAAAGUCCCAUCCCCUCAGUGGUCGAUAUCGCCCCCGGAAUCGGCGCAAUCUCACCCGAGUUCAGAGCUUACCUGACUGCGAUGAAGGAAAUCAACGAUGCGAAAGUCAUGUCUAGGAAAGAGGCCGAUGCGAUCCUGGCCAAGACCGAACCGGUAUGUUCAACUUUGAGUCUAAGAAAGAAGGAGCUACCUUCCGGCUGAUAUCCUCACGCUUUUGCAUUGGGUCAACCGUCCAGGAUCUCGGAGUUCGACAAUUCCUCUUGACGAACCUGAUCCGAAACUCCGAUUCGACCCCCUACAGCUUCCGUCUUCCCUUGGACUACCUCUCGAAGCAGAUUGACGAGAUCGGAUCUUUCCCGUUCCCACCGGGGACGAAGGCAUGGACCGGUCCUACGCUGUUUUUGAAGGGUGCCAAGAGCAAGUACAUCAAUCGACGAAACAUCCCGUUGUGUGAGGGUUAUUUCCCCAAGAUGGAGUUGAAGACGUUGGAAACGGGGCAUUGGGGUGAGUGUCUAUUCUCUGCAUGUACCACCUCACUGCGAGAGGGGCUGACGAAAAGUGUUGUUGAUGGCGAUCAGUCCACGCCGAGAAACCCAAGGAGUUCCUUCAAGCGCUAGAGGAGUUUUUGGACAACAAUCCUUGA